GUAAUAUAUAUCUUAUAUAACUAUUUUAACAAAUGUCAUUUAUAUUUAUCAACUGCGCAAUUUCUUUUUCUCAUUGAAAUAUAAUAACGUCGUAGUCUAUUUUUUUAUUGGUAAAGCCCUGAAACCUUCAAUAAGGCUUGGUAAACAACCACGUUUAUACAACUGUAAUAAUCAAUAAAACUAUCAUGAAAAGUAAAGUAAAACUGAUAACUUUUGAUGCUACAAAUACUUUACUAAAAUUAUGUGUAUCACCAUGGAAAUACUAUGCAAAUGUAGCAGAAAAAUAUGGCUAUCAAAUACAUGAAGAUGAAAUUAAGAAACAGUUCCUAUACACUUAUAAAAUGUUGACGAUAAGGCACCCUAAUUUUGGAAAAGAAUCUAUAUUAUGGGAAAAUUGGUGGAGUGAAAUUGUUCAAGGAACUUUUGCAGAGAAGAUAAAGGAUAAUGAGCAUAUUAAAUGUAUUGGUAAUAAACUUAUACAAGACUAUAAGUCACCAAAAUGCUGGUGUCCUGCAGAUGGUGCCGUUGAUAUUUUAGAACAUGUAAAGUCACAAUGUGAUAUAGGGAUUGUGUCUAAUUUUGACCCACGUCUACAUGAGAUAUUAGAGAAUUUGAAUUUGAGUUCAUAUUUCAAGUUUAUUCUGACCUCAUACGAAAUUGGUUAUAGCAAGCCUGAUAAAAAAAUUUUUGAAUCAGCUAUUGAACAUAGUAAAUUAAAUCUAUUUACAGAUGAAUGCUUACAUAUUGGAGAUGAUUACAAGAAAGAUUAUCUUGGGGCUAAAAAAGCUGGAUGGCAAGCUAUCCUUGUUACAAACAACAUUAGUGGCCUAGGUGAUAUAAACCCGUUGCACUAUUUCAAAAAUUUACAUGAAUUGAAAACGGCAAUAGAAUUUCAGAACAAAUUUAGUUAAUUGUACAAGUUUAGACUAUCAAUAAGUGCAAUAUUGUUUUGUUAUCAAAACUAUUUGUAUAAAAUAUAGGAUUUGUAUUUUUAUUAUUUAAGCUUAUAGCAAACAAUAUUUAGUAAUUAUUAUUUAUUGUAAUAAAAGUUUUAAAACUUA